GGGGGGGACAGAGGUCGGGAUGACGGACGGCUGCCUGAUCGACGAGCUGAUCGAGCUGACGGCUCAGAGCCUCAGCUACCUGGAGAUCAAGGAGCACUUCAACGUCAUCAAGGAGAUCGGAAAGGGGAAGUACGGAACGGUGCUGUUCGUCACCCAUCGCUGCCGGGGCACCCCCAUGGCCCUGAAGGUGAUGCCCAAGGCCUCCACCAAGCUGCAGGGCUUCCUGCGGGAGUACUGCAUCUCCCUGCGGCUGUCCCAGCACCCCUGCAUCGUGGGCCUGUUCGGCAUCGCCUUCCACUCCCAGGAGCACUACGCCUUCGCGCAGGAGCUGGUCGUCGGCAAGGACCUGUUCGCCGUGAUUCAGCCGCGGGUGGGCAUCCCUGAGAGUGCGGUGAAGCGCUGCGCCAGUCAGAUCGCCAGCGCGCUGGAGUUCAUCCACGGGCACGGGCUGGUGCACCGGGACGUCAAGCCCGAGAACGUGCUGCUGCUGGACCGGCAGUGCAGCCGCGUGAAGCUGGCCGAUUUCGGGCUGGCGCAGAAGCGGGGCGCGCUCAUCCGCCUCAUCUCCGGCACGCUGCCCUACAUGGCGCCCGAGCUGUGCGCGGUGGUGGCGUCCCCGGACGGGCAGCGCGCCCCCGGGGUGGACCCCCUCAGCGUGGAGCCCAGCCUGGACACCUGGGCCUUCGGCGUGCUCCUCUUCUGCGUCCUCACCGGCUUCUUCCCCUGGGAGAGCUGCACGCCCGCCGACGACUUCUACCGCGAGUUCGCCGACUGGCGGGGCGGGGGGGGUCCCACCGCCGCCGCCGCCGCCGCCGCCGAGCCGCCGUCUCAGUGGCAGAGGUUCACGCCCGCCUGCCUGGAGAUGUUCGGCGAGCUCCUGGAGCCGGACGCCGGGCGCAGGGGCGGGGUGGGCCGGGUCAAGGCCUACGUGGACCGGGACUGGGUGGCGCGGGCGACGGACGCCGCCGAACCGGCGGGAGAGAACGGGACGGUCGGCGCCGCCGGCGCCAGCGCCACGCUCAGCGUGCGCCGGAGCGGCUCGGUUAAAAUGGCGGACUGAA